AUGGACCGCGUGCGGCGACUCCAAGUUGAGACGUGCACAGACGCGGUGGAUUGGAACGAUGCCCACAACAUUGCCCAAAUCGCCCAAGGCACAGCUUUCCUUGUCUUGGCCAUGUGGCUCAUCUUUGCAAACAAUGCAAAGAUGGGAGGAGGUCAAAAAGCACCCCUGGAGCAGCGUCAUGCCGUUUGUGCUACCUUAAGCACCGCGGUGGCCCUCUUCUCCGGAUUCUUCAACAUCCUGCAGCUGACGGGAAUUGACGAUUUCGAGAUCCCAGGCUACACAGGGGGCUUCGUCAUGCAGCUUGCCCGACCUGUUGAGUGGAUCCUGACCUGCCCCAUUUUGCAGCUGAAGCUAGUGGUUCUUGCCGGAGCUCGGGUGCCAUCGUACCGCCGUUUUAUGAUGCCCUUGCUCUCGGCCGCCGUGCUUUUGUGCGGUGUGGCGGCUACCUUCACAGAAGGAGCAUUGCGCUACAUUUGGUUUGGCUUCGGCACGAUCUUCAUGAUCAUCAUGUUUUACCACAACGCCCUGCAAGUGACGGAGAACAGUGAAGGAGAGGAAACGUUGCUACAUGGUGAUUCACACUAUCGCACGCUCACGCUCUUGCUCAUCAUCACGUGGUUUCCUUUCCCAAUCUGGUUUGCUCUGAGUCCAGAAGGUUUCAAUCUGGUGGAUAACGAGCUGAUGAUCGAAAUGGGAUGGGUGGCCUUGAACAUCCUGGCCAAGUUUUCCAUGAUCAUCCUCGGGCAGCGCAUGAAGAUGGUUCACCAGCGGAAGAUUGAGGCUGCACGGGAGCUCUACGGCAUGUCGCCUAGCGAGCAAGUAACAGGAGAAGCUUUGGACAAGAAAGCCAUCGAAGAGGCAGGUGGCAAAAGCUUGCGUGGACGACUCGACCCUGCAGACUAUGGCUUGGGAUUUGGAGAGGAGGCAGACAGCGAGGAAAAGAUGAUGGAGCUCGUGGCAGACACCAUGGUAACCCUUCAGCUGGCCAACCACACGGAACGCUUGAUCAAACUCCUUGUUGAGAGUGGCGUCACCAACACCUCAGUCUUGGAGCGGCUGAACCAGGAUCGCUGCAUGGAGCUAUGCUUGCCUUGGGCUCUGGUUGAUGCAGUCCAGCGCCGUUGGAGCAACGAGAAGAUGAACAUGGGACAGGACCAGGGCGGUUUGGUCGAGAAGGAAGACCCUUUCAUGAAGGUUCUGGAAGCGAACAAAGAGCGCCUUUCCUCCAUGAAAUCUUCGACUCAGACCAAUGGUGUGGUGACCCCACCAGUUGGCACCGUUGUGGACGUCUCUGGCAUGGAUGACCAGAUUGCAUACGCUGUGCAAAAGGCAGUAAUGCCACUCCAUGAAGCAGUCUUGGCAAAGCUACAGACGCUCCAGGAUAACAUGAACCAUUCCCUGGAUUCCACGCAGGAGAGCGUGGCCCAGCGCAUGGAUUUCGGACAGGUCACCCUCAUGCAGACGGUCAAUGCUUGCCAGGUGCUGUUGCACAAGCUGGACUCAUCACAGGAAGUUGUCCUCCAGAAGCUGGACACUCAGAAGAGGGACUUGGAUCAGAUCCAUGCCUCCUGCACCAAGCUCCACUCCAGCAUGGAGGAUGUUCAGACCACCACCAAGACAACAGUUGCCGAAGCCGUGGGUGCCUCUUCCAAAGCCUUGUUGGAGAAGCUCGAGGGAUCACAGCAAGACCUGCUUCGUCAAAGCUCAGAGUCUCACUUCGUUCUGCAGAACAUCGCAUCUUCCCAGAAGACCAUGGUCACCAAGAUCGAGAGUGGUGGUGAUGCAACAGUUCGCAACCUCAUGGAGUUGGAGAAGUCUUUGGACAAGAAGAUCGCAGAGUUGGGCGAGUCCGCAACUUCUUCCUACACCGUGAGCUCGGAGUCAAUCUUGGCCACGCUGAAAGAGCAGCUAGAUACGCUGAACGACCAAAGCAAUACGGCAGUGGUCACUGCCGAGAAGUCCGCAGCCGUCCUUGACGAGCGCAUGACGGAUGUCCGUCGUCAAAACCUCAUGAUGUUGGACCUCCUCACUAGCUCCAAUGACAGAAUCCAAAACUUUGCGGACAACCUUGACACAAUUCGGAACCUCGACAACGCCACUGCCGGGGAGAUUCGCAGCAUUCUUGCGGAACAUCUGAAGGGCAGAGAGGAUGCUGAAGGUAAUCAGCUUGAUGGUGAAGGAACCAGCCAAUUGGUUGCCCGCUUGGAAGACAGCGCUGCGCGGCUUGAGGCAACUGGGAUUGAGUCCAUGAAGGCAGAGUUGGAGAAAAUCGAGGACCGCUUGGCAAAGCAGCAAGUGCAGAUCGUUGGGGAUGCGAUGCAGGAGGUGAGGGACAUGCAGCUGGGUCUGGUCUCGCAGAUCGCUGACUUCAGUUCUAAGCUCGGGUCGGUUACCGAAGCGACAGCGACUAGCCCUGCACCAGACAAGGCUGAGAAGCAGGAAAGGCCAGAGAGACCCACAAACAGCCCUUCUCGCCGUGGCUCCAAGCGCAAUGAAGUCCGAGGAUAA